AUGCGGGAUAUCCGCAAGAUGAGUCGCCGCGUGCGGUUGCGGCUGCCUGACGCGGAGGUGGAGGCCAUGAUGGACCUAGCGGACCCGGACGGCGACCGCAAGAUUGGGUUGCGGCAGUUCUUCAAGCUGUUCCAAGAUGUCCAACUACCCGGCACCGAGCGCCGCCCCCCCAGCGGCACCGCCACCGCACACGCCAGCAGCAGCAACAGCACCGCUGGCGUCGUCGUCAGCAGCGCCGCCACGGCCCAGCAAGCCGCGCAGCUCCCCACCACCACCCGGCCACCCCCUGCCGUCACCCCAACCGCC